UACCGUCCGAGUCGAACGCUUAACCCGUCAUUGUUGACAGUUUUCAGAGAAAGCUUCACGCAGCUGUUACGAGAAACAAACGCUCUUCCUCGUUACAGCUUUUCGCUUGUUUAUAUACGUAUAUUACAUAUUUAUAGUUUUGUUCGUAGGUGAUCACAGAAUUUCAUCAAAUAAACGUAAUUGUCCACGAAUUUUCGCUCGUACAGAAAUUCACCAUCGAACGGACAAAAUGAGUGGUAGACAAAUGACGAUGAAUGGGAAAAGACCAUCCUCAAUCCCAUCCAGACAUCAGUCUGAAACUGCAGCACAACAUUUUGAUCUAAUUAAAUAUAUUUAUGAUUCAUGGAAUACAGUAUCAAAAGAAUUAGAUAUGUGUCACAAUCAACCGCACAGUAAUUCUUCUAAUUAUAGAAAUGGAGCAUCUGUCACAUAUUAUCAAGAACGAGAACCAAAUCCUCAACUCAAAGAUUUUGAGCCAUUUAACCUUGAAGCCUGGUGGGGACAGCGUGUUGUUCAAAGUAUUACUAGAAACGCAAAUUCCUAGUGCCAGGCCCGACAUAUUGAUUAUAAUCGAACAUUCUCAAGUAGACAUAAGAAACAGAAAGAAUAAAUUCAGUGCUGCCGGAGAAAAUUUUUCCAUUUCUAGAAAGGAUUUAUUAUAUACUCAAAGAUAAGUGACACGAAGAGAGUAGUAUAGGUAUAAAUAAGUAUCUAGCAAUCAAUUUUGAAUCUUUUUGAUAACAAAGAUAGGAUAUUAGCAAAUAAUCAAAGAUGAAGAUGAAAGAAAAAGAAAGGGAAAGAGCAGGGUUAUGGAAACAUACAUAUUAGUAUGAAUAUGACAUUCCUCUAAUCUUUUAUCAUAUUUUAACAUAAUAUCGCCUUUUCCUGAACCUUUUUACUCGUCGUGUUUUUAAAAGUAUUUUACAUAAAAAAUUGCAAUUAAGCUGUUUCUAAAAAUGUCUUUCUAAGAUUUGAGAUUCAGCAUGAUGAAUAAUUCUGAAAUACAGUGCAUGCUAAAACUAUUUAUUUUAUUUGCCAACAUAAGGCAAACAUAUAAUUGUAAGUUUAUAUUAUAAAUCAAAUUUUCAUUAUUACAUAAUGAAAACGUGAGAGUAAUCUUUCCAUCUUUGUAAUUAAAAACUUACAUAUGAAAUGCUGAAUCAAGAGCACAUGAAUUAUAUAUUAAUUCUAUAUAUUUCGAUCGAAGGAAAUGUAUGAGAAGAGAAGUUGGACUACCUUUUAAGGCUUAUGCAUAUAUUGCAUAUAUGUAUUUUUCCACGAAUUGCAUUUCACAAUUUUUAAUAAAUUUUUCCAUUUACAAACGUGUAAUGAAAUCGCACUUCAAUGUAAGAAAAAAAAGUAAACAGGAUAAAUGUUUUGAGAUUCUCUAAAAGAAAGUUUAUUCACGUACGAGGACAUAGUAAAGUGCACCGCUAUUGAAGAUGAAAACAAAUAAGUAUUUAAUUCGUACUCAAAAUAAUGUGAUAAUUAUUACGAUUUUAAAUACAAUUAAAUCGAUGCAAUUAUGUACAUUUAUUAUGUAUGUAUGUAUAUGUAAUGUACAUCUAUGCGUGUAUAGAUAUAUAUUAUAAUAUGUAAGAUUCAACUCGUAACAUUUUUAACAAUAAGCACCCGUAACUAUUAAAGUUUUUCUAAACUUGUGGACAUCUUUACCAAUUACUUCUAGUGGUAUUUUUUUAUGUACAAUUGAAUAGGAAAAGUAUUAUUACAAUUAUAAUGAGGAAUCUAGUUCGAUACUGUUACAUGUUACAAAGAUCGUUAUAAUGUUAGAGAUUCGUGCACUCGAAAGAAAAGUAAGAGUCGCUAUGCAUAGUACUAUUGAGUCAAUGCCUUCAUAUAGUUUAAUAUCUCGUUAUUUCCAAGCAAAUGCGAGUCCUUAUCGAUCAUCGUCUCAACUUGAUUUAAUGCGUUGAGUUUUAAGGUCUUAACGAUUCGUUCCAAAUUAUAGAGACUUCUUUCUAUCGCACGUUUCUCACUAUUAAGCAUCUAUAUUUAAUUGAAGAGUCAAAUUGAAAUUUUGUACCAAUUGCUCUGACGAAAUUGAUGUACGUUUUUUCAAUUGUAUUGUACGAAAUAUAGUAUAAGAAUAAACAA